CCCAGGGGACUGCUGCCUGCUAGACAGAAACUCCUGAUCUCGGAGGCUUCCAAGCAUCCGACACCCUGCCUCACUGCUUAUUGGUGGACCAUGGGAGAAGGGAAUCAAAUAAAGGGGAAAAUAAACCAUAGACGUUGGACGUCAGCCCAUGCUUCUGUUCCUACAUGAUUUAGCUGUUCCAGAUUUUCUUCAUGGAACUAUUAAAGAGUGCAAUGUGCAUUAAACAGCAGGCAUGUUCUGCCCAAAGGUCACUAUUUUUCAAAGUUCCUAUUUGUACUGUUGGCUCUGGGGCUGGUACUUGUGCUUUAUGAAUCUCUUGACAUCUGGCUGACCAUGGAAGACUAGCUGUUUUUGUAGCCUCCCUGUCUUGGAUCAAAAUGUCCCAAAAUGGGAUCAACUUCUCUUGCCUGUUUCCUGCUUCCUGGCACUUCAGCAUUUCCCCAGUGGGGUGUCCUCGGUUCAUGAACACCACAUUACGGCAGAUAAUUGUCAUUGGGCUACUUGCUGCUGGACUUUUCUUGCUGUACAUUUCUGCUCUCAAAUAUGGGGACAAAAAGCUGCACAGGUAUUUCGCUCGAGUAACAGAUACAGAAGCCACAAAUACCGACGAUCCCAGCCUGAGCUAUGGGAUUAUGGUGGACUGCGGUAGCAGUGGAUCUAGGAUCUUUGUGUACUGGUGGCCAAGACACAAGGGCAAUCCACAUGAUUUGCUGGACAUCAAACAAAUGAGGGACAAAGCCAGAAAUCCAGUUGUUAUGAAGAUUAAACCAGGCAUUUCAGAAUUUGCUACCUCUCCUGAUAAAGUCAGUGACUACAUUUUCCCACUUCUGAGCUUUGCUGCGGAACAUAUACCCCGUGCAAAACACAAAGAAACGCCUCUGUAUAUUCUCUGUACAGCAGGGAUGAGAAUCCUGCCAGAGAGCCAGCAAAAGGCCAUCCUAGAAGACCUGCUUACUGAUAUCCCCGUGCAUUUUGAUUUUUUGUUUUCGGACUCACACGCUGAGGUUAUUUCAGGAAAACAAGAAGGAGUAUAUGCAUGGAUUGGCAUCAACUUUGUCCUUGGACGAUUUGAGCAUACUGAAGAUGAGGAUGAUCCAGUAGUGGAGGUGCAUAUUCCUGGCAGUGAAAUCAAGGAGUCAAUUGUUCGAAAGAGGACUGUGGGUAUACUUGACAUGGGUGGUGUGUCAACUCAGAUAGCGUACGAAGUGCCUAAAACUGUAAGCUUUGCCUCUUCACAGCAGGAGGAGGUGGCCAAGAACCUACUUGCAGAAUUUAAUUUGGGAUGUGACGCUCACCAAACUGAACACGUGUACCGAGUCUACGUGGCAACUUUUCUUGGCUUUGGUGGGAAUGCUGCCCGGCAGAGAUAUGCAGACAGCAUAUUUGCCAACACAGCAUUUAGAAACAGGCUUCUAGGCAAACAGACUGGUAUGACUUCUGAUACCCCCUAUUUAGACCCUUGCCUGCCUUUAGACGUUGAGGAUGAAAUCCAGCAGAAUGGGCAGAAGAUGUAUCUUCGAGGGACAGGAGAUUUUCACCUGUGUCGUGAUGUUAUUCAGUCUUUCAUGAAUAAAACAAAUGAAACACAGACAUCCCUGAACGGCAUUUAUCAGCCUCCUGUGCACUUUGAGAACAGCGAAUUCUACGGCUUCUCUGAGUUCUUCUACUGUACUGAGGAUGUGUUAAGGAUGGGAGGAGACUACAAUGCUGCUAAAUUUAUUAAAGCUGCAAAGGAUUAUUGUGCAACAAAGUGGUCUGUUCUACGUGAACGUUUUGAUCGAGGUCUUUAUGCCCCACAUGCGGACCUCCAUCGAUUGAAGUAUCAGUGCUUUAAGUCGGCCUGGAUGUAUGAAGUGUUUCACAAUGGCUUCUCUUUUCCCGUGAACUAUGGCAACUUAAAAACUGCACUGCAGGUCUACGAUAAAGAAGUGCAGUGGACGUUAGGGGCCAUCCUCUAUCGAACACGGUUUUUGCCUUUGAGAGACAUCCAGCUGGAGACCUUCCGAGGCAAUCACGCCCACUGGCACAGCUUCUCGUUCGUUUACAACCAUUACUUGUUCUUUGCCUGCUUCUUCGUCGUCCUGCUCUCCAUCCUGCUUUACCUGCUGCGGUUGCGGCGCAUUCACCGGCGCAUGGUGCACGGCGGCCCGUCCCCUUCCCUCUGGAUCGAGGAAGGCCUCCCCCCACAGAAGAUCCCAGGAGCCUUAUAAGCUGCUGAAUGUUAUUCUUAAGACUCGCUCGAGAAAAAGCCAUUGUUUUGCCUCAGGGUUCUUCUCUCGUCCCUAGAAACCAUUGCCUGAGCCUCUCGCCGCAGCAUUGGAAUCGAGAAGAGCAUCAGCUACAUCUUGAAGACGGAGCGGGGGGCGGGGGGGAAGCAGGGUCAAACUCAGCUUGGCUAGGCUGAGGGGAAUAUCAGCCAAAAGUUCUUUUAAGACUCUUACUUUAAAAGUAAAUGCACUUUGAAGUGUGUGGGGUGG